CAGCUGGAAUAUAGCAUGGGUCACUGAAGAUCAAUUCUAACCCGGAUCGUCACGGUGCGACGUGCAUGGGGUUGUUCUGGUGGUUGUGUAGUGUGAUUCACACUAUUGUUUGGAAUGAGCGUACCCACCACGUGUGCAGCUUUGCUUGUUGCUGUCGUGGCAACGAGUGUAAUCUGCCAGGAUCCCCCUGAACUGAGCCGAUUGGAUGUCUUCGUUCCGGCCACUCUAAGUGAAGACAAACAGAUAUGUUACCUUGCUGAUGGAACUGCCUACGAUCGUCAUACCCGGUUUUCAGUCCCCGAUAUACAGCCCUGUGUGUUCCUCAAGUGUACCAUGGGUGGACCCCAGGUGUUUUGGAGUCAAAGCGGUUGUGAGUACAACGGGGCGUGUGUGCCCAUGAAGGACGAGGUGACUGUUGGAUGUCGACAGUACAAGUGUUUCGUAUACAACCAUAAGAGACCCCAUGGGACGAGAGUAGGGGCGUCAUUAUCACCACAACCACAAGCUUCCUGUCCUGACGGAGACGAGUGUCGUGACGUGGGGUAUGAGAGACGGGUAGAUCCCUGCAUUACUCUGAAAUGUCAGGUACCCGGGGAGCCACUACAGGAAAUCAAACAGGGAGCCUGCCCUGACGGAGACGUGUGUCGUGAUGUGGGGUAUGAGAGACAGGUAGAUGCCUGCACUACUCUAAAGUGUCGGGUACCCGGGGAGCCACUCCAGGAAAUCAAACAGGAUUGCCCAUCAGUUGUACCAGCAGUUUGCGAUUGUAAAACCGAAGACGGGACUUGCAAAGCCAAGGGAGAUAACUACAGCAAUGACUGCGGAACAGCUGUUUGUUCUGAUAUCGGCGGUGGCAAACACGCGUUCAAACCCGGGUCUGGAAUGAACUCGCAAGACUGCACGACUCCGGAGGGCGUCUGUAUCCGCAGCUUCAGACCGCCCCACUUGAACGUCAACACCUGCAAGAAAUACAUAUGUAUCCGAGGUUCGGUUAAACCACCACAAACAUUGUGUUACAAGGAUGGUCAAUGUCAAGCUAAUGUACAACCGGAGACGAUGAAUGGCGAGGAUUGCUCCUGCAGAGUGAACCUGGGCAACGGCCGAGAGGAAUGGGGGUGUGGACCAUUUAAAUAGUCAGGAACUGAAUUCUGUCACUAGGCACUGAUGAGCAAUAUUUGAAGAAAGGAUUGUUGAAUAGUAACAAUUUCCUGCCUGAACUCUUUAAUAUGCUAGUGUGUGUACUUGAGUACGUAAAUGCCAAGGUUUCUUUUGGCUAUGACUAGAAAUAAACAUGCAGACAUCGUUCGAUACUUUAUUUUGUUCUUGGGUUUGCUGAGGAAAACAGAACCACGAAUAAAAAUGAAAUGAUUUUUAA